CCUAAAAUUACGCAACCCUAACUUCUCUCUUUUAAUCUACCCAAACAAGCUCGCGGGAGGCAACGGACAUAUUUGGCGGGAAGUCCGACGUGGCAAGCAGCUCCAGCUCAGCGCUCCCGCCAAAAUACCCCUGAAAUACCCCCUCUCCACCCUUCUCCGGCCGGAACAACCAAUCUCUCCUCCUUUCUCCGCCUCUUCCUAGCUUUUACAAUGAAUUCAUCAGAGGCUUCACAAUCAAUACCCUUCAAAUCGAAGAAGCUAGUGACGAACUCUGCUUCAAAGAACCAAUCCACAAACCCUACUUCACUACUCUCGUCGAAAACGCCGGAGAAGCCGCCGUCAGAUCUUCCUCGCCGCACCCGAAACAGAAGUGUUGCUCUCUCCUUGAAAGAAGUUCGAAGAGCAGCACAAGACCUCUCCAAGCAGGACACGCAGCAGAUCAAGUCUGCUAGGAAGCAGAUCUUGUCGUGGCCAGCCGAAUCCCCGCUCCCCAAGACCCGAAAUGCCGGCGAGGGCUCUAAUAAGUUGCCUCAAACGUAUGAGAUGUUAGCUGAGUUCUUUGAUGGACUGGACAGUGCGAUACGGCUGUUAAAAUUGAAAAGAACCAUGUCAAAUUUUGCCAACAUUUCACCCAAAAUUGAGUCUUUAACGGAUAGGAGGUUUUCACAUAAUCAUUUGGCUCAGAUGAAGUAUAUCUUGCCCGAGGCCAUUGAGAUAAAGAGGGUACUAGUAUUUGAUGAGAGGACUUGUUGUAUGAGGCCAGAUCUUCAUGUUACAUUGAAUGUUAAUGCUGUUGAAUAUGCUGAGAGCUUGAAGUCAGAAAGUAAGAACAUUGGCCUCAGAAAGGUCUUCCGUGCACGACUUGCGGACUUUUAUAAAAACCAUCCUGAGGGUGAUGAAGUUCCAGAGGAAAUGCUCCCGGAGCCGUUUAACUGUUCAAAGGGAAGUCUGCAUUCAAAAAGUUCGGAUGCCGCCCCCCAGUCAGCCCACAGUGAAUCAUCAGGUGGUGAAGUGGCAAACCAGCAAUUAGUUUUAUCAAAAUCAGGUGUUGAAGGAGAUCAUAAGUGCGAGGAGAUGCGAGCACAGCAGUCCACCUUGUCAUCAACUGUAGAUACAUCAGCUGACACAGCUGCAGGAAAGUUACCUGUGGCAGUAUCUCGACUGCCCCCAUCUUUCCGGAGGCACUUUUAUGGGAAAGCUGUGAGCACUGAAAUGGUAAAGAGUGAGAAAAAUUCAUCAAAGCAUUCUAUUCAAGCCUCACCAAAGAUAUCCCUUAACAAUGAGGAAGCUUCCUCCAUGUCUACUUUUUCUCCUAUCAAAUUUUCAUCCAAGCCAACUAGCAACGAGAAAUGUUUAUCCCAUUGCACUACUCCAGCUAAGUUUUUCUCUAGCUGCUCCCCAGUAACUCCUAUCAAAGAGAUGGAACCCGUGGAAAGCGAGGAUACUUCUCCUGAAAAAUGUGCUGCUAUUCAGUCAACUCCUGCAAAACUAGCUUCAACUCCAGCUAGGCUGAUGGCUGCCACACCAGCACUGCAGCCUCCAAAAAGAUGUUAUAUGAGCCCAGAUAAUGUUUCCACAAGCUCACCGAAUAAGCUGGUUCGGCGUCCACCUCUUACCAGGUCACUGAACUUUGACAGUCCUGCAAAAAAUAAGGUUGAUGCUAUCAUAGUAAAUGAGAAAGUUGAACAUGAAAAUGAAAUGGAAGAUUCAUCAGCUGAUGAUGACAUUCUUGAUAUCCUUCCUGAGAGCCUUCUGCAAUCGAUACGAGAGCAAGAGAAGAAGGCGAUGAAGGAGCAAGAUCCAGCAAUCUCACAAGCAAAGAGGAGGCGACAGAUGAUUGCCUGCCUGCCUAAACUCUUUAACGUGAUUCACUUUUUAUUUCAAUCAAUAAGGCGUUCAGUCAUAACGAAAGAGGAGCUUCUGUACAAAGUUGUGGCAGGCCAUACUGAUAUUGUUGAUAGAAGAGAAGUUGGAGAGCAGCUAAACUUGUUGCUAGAACUUGUACCCGAUUGGAUUUCUGAAAAGAUGGCAUCUAGCGGCGAUUUUCUCAUUUGCAUCAAUAAAAUGUCGAGUGCUGAGUCCAUUCGAGCACGGUUGGUAGAAGCGAAAGAUGGAGGAGAUUGCUAAGAAUUUCUUAACUUUAGUAACCCAGAUGUGAAUUGUGAGAUCCUGGUGCUUGGCAACUUGCACUUUGUUUUGGGCUAUUUGUAAAUAUUCUAAUAUAUGUUUAUGAAGAAAAAACUAUAUGUACCUAUAGAAUGUAAUCAGUUAGCCAACUUAGGUCAGUUAUGAUAAGAGGCUUUUCUUUUGUCUCAACCAAAUGGU